AUUUAACACGAGAUCAGCAGUCACGAGAAGCUCACUCCAAGUCGAGCUUUAUCAAAGUCAACAGAGUAUAACUCGUAGUGCUCAAGUGAGGAUGACAUCUUAGUGACAUCAGAGGUUGCUAUAUAACCUGUUCUUGCGAUUCAGUGUUCACCAGCCUUAUACUCUCCAGUGCAAAGCAAUCAAUCUUGACGGGUCCUCGUUUCGAGAAGGACCUGGUCACGGAGGCAAGACCAGACCUCUCGAAAAGGUGGCAUUCCGAUUCAUUUCUGACUCCGUAUUUUGGAAGAUACCCACGACAACUUUUGGGUAGAAUCAGACAGCUAACGUAUCAAGUCUAUAGAAGAGCCCGGAUUAGCAAUGGCUUCCGCAUUGAACAGAGGGAACUCACUCAAGGUACCUUUACCCAAAGCAUCAUUACUCACUAGAACAGCGUCAUUUCCGACGGAUUCAUCACAACGAGUUAGUGGUGCAUUCCAAGGACCUGCAGCCACGGCACCACUGAUGCGAGGGGAUACUUUCAAAGCAGGAGCGUCUACAGAUUCAGCUAGUGUAAGAUGGGGGUCAAUGAAAGGAGCUGGAAAAAUGGCUGCAUCAACGCUGAAGUUGGCAGUUCUACUAUUUAUUGGAGUCUACUUAUAUGGAGCAGUCAGUUAUGCAAGGAGCAUAAGAUAUCCCAGUCGAGUAGUGACGACGGAGAUGCUAUACAGAAGGUUGGAGGAAGCAGGGGAUACGGUCCCGGAGCACUUUCAUCUGUACUCUUGUCCCCAGGCUACUUUCGUUGUCAGUGAGCUGGUCAAUAAGUUCGUUACUACAGAUCCCAAUUUGGCAGGAGGAUUAGAGGUUCUUCAAUUUCAUGAUUGUUUCGUCCGGGGUUGUGAUGCAUCAAUUUUAUUGAACUCUACAUCUGCUACAACACCAGAGAAGGAUGCGUCACCCAAAGCUGAUCAAGAAUCGCUGAGAGGUUUCGAACAGAUAGACAAGAUCAGGGCUGCGCUUGAAGAAGCUUGCCCCGACAUUGUAACUUGUGCAGAUAUAUUAGCGCUUGUCGCUCGUGAUCCCACGCUAAAGGCUGGAGGACCAAGCUGGUCGGUGGUAUUGGGACGGAGAGAAGGCUUCGUAUUUCUGGAAGCCGAGGCGAAGAUCAGCCUCCCCUCUCCGCUGUCCAACUUUAGUAGUCUAGUGCAGAAUUUCGAAUUAGUAAAAUGUACAAUGGACGAAACUAGUAGUUACUAAGAUUUGGGAGUUGGAGCAGGCAGGCCUUGCCAAGUACAGCUAAAUGGUCGAUAUUCUUACAGAGCACGACGUUCAUGGGGCAAACAAAGUAUUCACGAUGUGAUUAGAGCUAGAGAAUGAGUUCCGUGUAAAAAGUGUGUUGUUUGAACACCUUUUCCGAUUUAGCUCGAACUCCCACGCGCCUGUAGAUUGCAAUAUCACUCAUUGUUCAUCCAAAAAGCCCGGGAAGACUGGAAGCCUUCAUAAGUGUGGUAGGUUCACGACCGGGACAUGAAGGUGGAGAUAACAACCAAUUCUUGACGGGAGAUGUCAAUGCUGAGAUUUUGGGACCAUUGCUUGGUCGAUUCGUUCGUGGUACAGUUAUGUAAAUUUCUUAUUUGUUAGAGUGUUCAGCCAGAAUCUCACCACUCUUUCGCGGUGGAAACAUGUCAAUAAAAGUAGAGACAUAGCCUAAAAUUUCU